GGUUAGUGUGAUAUAUGUAUGUGUUCAGCAAUUUAGUAUGACCAUGGGCACCUACCAUGGCCAUACUUGGCCUUUUGCUAUUUUGUUUUUAUUGUAAAGUCCUUUGUAACUUUGUUUUGAGUUUAAUUGAGUAGAUGGUUAAUAGUGGAGAAUAAUAUUCUAGAGUUCCCAGCAUUCUCUGUAAUAAUCCUGGAAAGGUAAUCCUUACUUUCCAGACUUGUUGCUUUGUUACACACAGUCAUUGCUUCUUUGUAUAUAUUGCAGUGAACUCUGGGCUCAGUUUUCCUUCAUUUCCUUUCAGCUGCACAACAGAUUCUGUCAGUUGACCUCUUUUUAACCUUUAGUGGAGCUACAGUAUUUAAGGCAGAUGACAUGGUAUUGUUGAAAUGUUGAACCAUGUCAUUUAAAGAGCAGUCAUAGCUGUGUGUCAAAGCUCAAAUGAUCUCAUAAUAUUACAGAACUUUGCUUUAGCCUUGCCAUCUCGGAAUCUCUUAAGUCUUUGUUAGGAUAAGGUUGGCAUCCAAAAGCACACAGCGAUUGUCAGAAAUAGGUAAUUCUAAUACUAAAACAUUGUCACUGUUUAACCCUGUUGUUAUUAGUAAGUCCAGAAGUGUAGCGUGUAGAAAAAAUUCUCUCCAACGAAGCAACUGAUAUGGGUAGACACAUGCAGAGAUUUAUAACGUCUUCUGCCUCUCCAAAAAGAGCUCUUGUUUCAGAAUGUUUCACAAGGCCCGAGGCAACCUCUUGUACUAACUUAUAAGGAGCAGUCCCUGUGAAAACAUCUCCCAACAUCUGCAGCUGAAGCUGCAGUCAACCUAAUUCCAAUUCCAUGGAGAGAGACUUCGCGUCCAGUGCUGCUGAUGUUUUUCAAUUUACCACGUUGAGGACAGUCUUCUCCCUUAAUGCUGCUUCUGUCAUUCCAUCCUGGUGGAAUCUCCUGCGGAGCUCAGAGUGAAGCAAAUCUACAGCUUCAGAAAAUUCCAUUUUCCAUCCGACUUCAUAGAUUGCCUGCAACAGUGGUUUAGUUCCUCUGGUGUGACGAUAGGAGGCAGGGGUUCUGCUUACCCUGGAUUCAGCUUCUUCAGGCAUUUUUAGACCGUUUUGGGUUUCACUGGCUUUCACCUGGUUGAUCACGCCUGCCUUUACCUGGUUGGUCUCACCUGCCUUCUGCUAUAAGGUGAACUUUUUAGGUGAACCUUACAGCAGAAUGGUAAUGACUUCCUGAAGUAAAAGAUUCAGUGAGUGAUUGCAGCAGUGUACAUGCCUUACUUCUUUCAACCGAGCCUGGACACCGGACAAGUGGCCUGACAUAUUGGAAGCACCAUCAAUGCACUACUCCCAAAGAUGAGGAAUAGGAAUAUUCAGCCUAACUAGUAUGCCUUUCAAACAUGAACAGUGUCUCUGCAAUCAUGUCAGGACAGCUGUAAAAUCCUGAAAAGUCACAGUGUGUCUCAAGAUGGUUGUCAACAUACUGCAGACAGCAAGAAAAAUGCUCCAUGGUGCUGACAUUGGUUGUGCCAUCAGCUGUCAGUCCAUACAAAUUACAGCCUGAUAUGCAGGAUACUCACACUCCUUUGAAUAUCACGUGCAAGCUGGGCAAUGAUAUCAGUUUGGAUUGUGUUGCUUCUCCAGUUGUCUCACUAAGUCAUCCAUCCAAUUUCUUUGGGUGAAUUAUAGGUCCGCCCCAGCAUCAGCUCAUGGAGGACAUCACGGUGGAUUUUGUCUGCUCUGAAAGGUAAUCCUUUUCUUCCUCGGAAAGAUAUGCUAGGAACAAUAUGGAACAAAACAGAAUCUCCAGGAAGUUUCUUACUGUUUGCUGCUCUUCAGCAGCUGCAUCAGAAAGAAGAGUGCUGAUUGACGUUCACUGUAACCCAGCCAGUGUUCAAAUACCAUCUCUGUGUACUGGUGAUUUUUCGUGAAAACUGAAUUUUGCGGUGUCCUUGCACCAGUUGGAAAAUCCUCUCACUACAAAAUUGUCUUUUCAUCUGCCCAUGCUGAUCUAUAGAUAUUAGCUUUUUCUGCACUGCCUAGAGACAAGCAAAACAGCUGUUUCUACAGCAUAAUGUAGCCACCUCCACCUAUCAAACCACCGAGGCUGAGAACAGCAGGAGCAUUUUUCAUCUCCAGAGUGUUCACCAGGAUAAGCAUGGUUGCUUGGCUGGCAGCAAUGUGUUAACGUUUUUUUUUUUUUUUUUUUUUUUUUUUAAUAAAAGGCCAAUCUCAAGGGUCAUUACAGCAUGAAAACGUGCUAAACUGGCUGAAGUAGCUGAAACCUCAUUCAGAAGAAGUAUUUGUGGAGCAGUUCCUUGUUGCAGCUACAGAGUUGCACCGGACAGUGAAAAUGUUGCAAAGUAUCCAUUUGUCUGGAAUAAUUCAUAGAGGUGAAGGAAAACCUGAUGGAUGGAAUGGAACUCAGCGUCUGUGUGAUCUGGCCUUCAUGGUGGACAUUACUGUUGAAGAAAUUCUUCUUGUGAAUUUGAGAGUUGCUAAUUCUCAGAAGAACUACAAACACGGUGUGAUGAAUCAGAUGUCUUUUUUUCAUGCAGCAUGGAGAGAAGACUAGUGCACAGCAUGCUCUGUCUCACAUUCAGAGUGUUCAUCUUAUAUAGUGACAGAACAAAGGAAGACAAACUCCAUUAGGCAUUUGGUGUGAGGCUUCAGGACAUGACAAGUCAACAAAAGGAAGUGAACAUGUUUGUUUCGCUGUUAACGUUGAGCCAGCUGAUGAGCCUGACAACCUACAACAUGAAAUCACUGAGCUGCAAAGCAACAACCUACUACUGUGAGGAUCUCUUUUCAAGAUGGACUCUUACAAAGACUCAUUUCCUCUCAAGGAUGACCCCAAAACUGACUGACCCAAACCUCGAAAACCAUCUGCGAGUAGCAUCAUCAUCAGCUGAGCCAGAAACAAGCAAUUCCAGCCAUUGCAGAGGUUAGUGUGAUAUACGUAUGUGUUCAGCAAUGUAGUAUGACCAUGGGCACCUACCAUGGCCAUACUUGGCCUUUUGCUAUUUUGUUUUUAUUGUAAAGCACACUGUAACUUUGUUUUGAUAUGUGCUAAAUAAAGUUAUUAUUAUUAUCAAUAAUCCUCUGUCUGCUCAUGCCAACAGAUGGAGCUGGGAUAGAGUCAACCCUGAAAUUAUUACCCAGGAUCUUACCAGGGUUCACAGACCACAAAUAUAACACACAAGAUAAGCCAACAAGUAAUAUUAUUGAAAACCAAGGCUUAGAGAAUCUUGGCCGUUCAAGAAUGACCAAUUUUGUAGAGAAUUUGGAUUGUGUUGAUUGGAUGGAAAGUAUUCAGUUGCUUGAAGUCUGUUGGAAACAAAGGACAAACUGUCGUGACAAAACAAAAAUGUAUAGCUACAUAAUGGAACUAUCUUCAUCUAAAGCAGAGGAACAUAGCGAUAAUGCUGAAUGUUUAUCACCCUAUUUACGUAGAAAUGAGCCAGAACGAGACAAGCAAUAUGCAUUUUCUGUUGUUCUCUUGAAAGACAAUAGUGAAAAAGAAUUUCCACCAGUUUAUCCAGUUUUUGAAAACAAGAGGAAAGAGUCUGGUGCUCAAUACACCAAACUGGACCAAAGUGGACUGGCCAAUAAAAAGGCAGCAACACAUAGUGAAGAAAUUUUAAUUAAGCAACUGGAUGACUUUCUAUGCCAAGAAGGUGCAGAGGUUAAACGCAUUUGGAUUCAUUCACAUAAUAGCCCUUGUUUGCAGAGGGAAAACAAAACCGUCCCUUGUAUGUUUCAGCUUCUACACAAAGCCUGUGAAUGGUAUAAACAUCAUAAAGUUUUGACUAAUGUGAGUUUCACAAAGCCUUGGGGACUAUGUGGUCCAAAUUAUUUUCAACAUCUCAAUUAUCGCAUGAUCUCAUGUCCUCACAGCAAUUUUCAUUCAUAUGUUGAAAAAUGCAAGGACAUCCCUUUCAAAUUGGAUCAUAACAAUUUGAGAGACAUUUUUGAGAAGAGUGAUAUUUACAACACACUGUCACAUGUUCGCAACAGCGAUAAAAACGCACUCCGCUGCGGUAUCAAAUCUGCUCGCCAAACCCUUGUGAGGGCUGCACAAAGUUCAUUUGGUUUGCGCAACGAUCAUUUGCGCCGUGGAAAGGAAGUUAUUGAUUCUUUCGACUGUCUGCCUGGAGCGAAGGACAAAGUUUGUGAAAGACUGCACAUGGAGUGGACAGAAAUGGUCAACAACAGUUCACUGACACCGAUCAUAGAAGCCAUCACUGACAAGUUCAACAAUGGAACAGUUAAUCUGUUUCAGGAGGAGUUGAAGUCAUUUGUGGGGAACAGCUGCCCUCUACGCCUUUACCGUCAUGAUGUGGUAAUAAUGGCAUAAUGUGGCCUUACUCUCUACCAAGGGAGUUUUAGCACGUGGUUAUUCUUUGCGUGUACAUUCCUCCUUCGGCUGAGGCUUCGGACGCUUCUGGACGGCUCCACAUCGCUGUCAGCCCAAUCCAGACUGAGCCCUGCUGCUGAUCAGUGGGAACUUCAAUCACGCUUCUCUCUCCGCCUCUCUCCCAACAUUCACACAGUACGUCACGUUUCAUACAAGGGACAAUGCGACACUGGACCUGGGGUAUGCGAAUGUGAAGGACACUUACAGCUAUGCCCCCCUCCCCCAUCUUGGGUGGUCUGAUCACAACGUUGUUCAUCUGCUCCCCCAAUACACACCCAAGGUGCGAAAGGAACCUGCGCAGAAGAGGACUGUGAAAGUGUGGACUGAAGAGGCUAAAGAGAGACUGAGGGACUGUUUCCAGACGACAGACUGGAGCAUGGAGCUCUUAAGGAAAUGAUCGACGGUCUCACACACUGCAUCACGGACUACAUGAACUUCUGUGUGGACAGCACCGUGCCAACUCGGAGGGUACGGGGCUUCUCCAACAACCACCACUGGGUCACCCCUGAGCUCAAAGCCCUCCUGAAUCAGAAGAAAAGGGCUUUUAACCCAGGGGACAGAGAGCAGCAGAACAGAGUCCAGUGCGAGCUCCAAUGGAGGAUCAGGCGGGCCAAGAAGGAUUAUUAUUAUAAACUGUUACUUCAAAAGAUUUGAUUCUCCCUCACACCCACACGGACUGUACCAACACCAGCCCCCCUCCUUCCCCCACCCUCUGCAGCACACCCCAGUCCCACCCUCGGUCCCCCCUCUCCAUCACAUCGGAUCAGGCUAGGAGAGAGCUGAGGCGACUGAAGCAGAGGAAAUCUGCAGGACCAGACGGCAUCAGCCCCAUGCUGCUGAGGACCUGUGUGGACCAGCUCUGUGAGGUCCUCUGCCACCUCUACAACCUGAGCCUCAGCCUGGAGAAGGUCCCUGUCCUGUGGAAGACCUCCUGUGUGGUCCCGGUUCCUAAAAUAACUCACAUCAAAGAACUGGCCCACUACAGACCUAUCGCCCAGACCUCCCACCUCAUGAAGACCAUGGAGAGGCUCCUCCUCAGCCACCUCUGCUCCAUGGUGAGCUCCACCCUGGACCUGCUCUACGGGGGUAGUUUGUCUACGGCCCAACAUCGGGGUAGAGAACGCCGUCAUCUACCUGCUGCAGCGGGCACUCACCCACCUGGAGAACACCGGCAGCGCUGUGAGGGUCAUGUUCUUUGACUUCUCCAGCGCUUUCAACACCAUCAGACCAGCGCUGCUCUGGGGGAAGCUGGAGGAUGCGGGAGUGGAUAGACAUCUUGCUGCCUGGACCAUUGACUACCUCACUGACCGUCCACAGUACGUGCGAAUGCGCAACUGUGAGUCAGAGGUGGUAGUCUGCAGCACGGAAGCACCCCUGGGCACCAUCCUCUCACCCCUCCUCUUCACCAUGUACACUUCAGACUUCACCUACAACAGCUGCCAUCUUCAGAAGUUCUCUGAUGUUCUGAAGAGUUUCUGUAACAGUAAAUUUCUCCAUUGUGAGAUCAAUAAAGUCUAUCUAUCUAUCUAUCGAUCUGGAUUGUUAUGUUGUUAAGUACUGUUCUGUGGUACUUGUUUUCACUUAUACAAUACAAUACAAUACAAUAUUUUCAGCUGUGAAGAACAUUUGUCAGUGUUAUUACACUUACACAAUGUUUUAACUGUCUUCUUGUAUUUGAUCUUUGUGCUUUUAUUAGUCUUUUAGCAUUUUAUCACGGCUUCGUCGGUCUUUUCAUCAUCAGGUGUUCUGAUCAUUUUCAUGGCCACAGGUGUAAAAUCAAGUACCAAGGCAUGCAGACUGUUUCUACAAACAUUUGUGAAACAAUGAGCUCAGUGAAUUGGAAGUGAUUGGGAAUGACAGCAACCCAGCCCGCAGUGGUAGGCCAUGUAAAAUGACGGAGUGGGCGCAUAGUGCACAGAGGUCGGCAACUUCCUGCAAAGUCAAUCACUACAAACCUCCAAACUUCAUGUGGCCUUCAGAUUAGUUAAAGAACAGUGCUUUGAGAGCUUCAUGGAAUGGGUUUCCAUGGCCAAGCAGCUGCAUCCAAGCCAGUGCAAUGCAAAGCGUCGGAUGCAGUGGUGUAAAGCAUGCCGCCACUGGACUCUAGAACAGUGAAGACUUCUCUGGAGUGGCGACUCGCGCUUCACCAUCUGGGGAUCUGAUGGACGAGUCUGGGUUUGGCGGUUGCCAGGAGAAUGGUACUUGUCUGACUGCAUUGUGCCAAGUGUAAAAUUUGGUGGAGGGAGGAUUAUGGUGUGCCGUUGUUUUUCAGGAGCUGGGCUAGGCCCCUUAAUUCCAGUAAGUAACUCUGAAUGCUUCAGCAUACCAAGAGAUUUUGGACAAUUCCAGGCUCCCAACUUUGUGGGUUUGGGGAGAGUUUGGGGAUGGUCCCUUCCUGUUCCAACAUGUCCAGUGCACAAAGCAAGGUCCAUAAAGACAUGGAUGAGAGAAUUUGGUGUGGAUGAACUUGAUAGGCCUGCACAGAGUCCUGACCUCAACCCGACAGAACACCUUUGGGAUGAAUUAGAGUGGAGACUGAGAGCCAGGCCUUCUCGUCCAACAUCAGUGUGUGACCUCACAAAUGCGCUUCUGGAAGAAUGGUCAAACAUUCCCAUAAACACAACCUACAACUUGAAAUCAAGACUCAGUUCUGCUGAGGACUGACUAACCCAAACCUGGAAAAGCAGAUGCGUGUAGCAUCGUCGUCAUCAUCAUCAUCAUCAUCAUCAUCAUCAUCAUCAUCGCUACCAUCUGAUACCUGACCAAAGAGGAGCAGUUGAGCCAUCACAGAGUUUGAUAUAUCACCCACCCCCCAUCGCCCCAUUGCAUAUGCACAUGCAUAAUAAGCUUUUCAGGUGCUGCCAGUGACCCCCAUGUCCAUGUGGGAACAACUGAUACAUCUCCUCAGCAGUCUGAGCUGACAAGAAAGCAUUUUAAUGAUUUAAUGAUUUUAAGCACUUGUGGAAAGUCUGUUUUUAUUUCUGGUCCUAUUUCCUCACAGGCCGAUGGAGUAGGGCGCGUUUGAUGACUUCUCGGCCUCCACGCUUGACUCCAGUCUACCUCCAGAUCUCACUGUUUUGGUUUUAUUGACAAUUUUAAUUUGUUUUGGGACCAUUCCUCCCUCUUCAAGUCUGAUGUCCACACAAACUGGGAAGCAGCAUGGUAGCAGUCUAAGCAGGGAUGCCCAGACUUACUUCUCUCCAGACACUUCCUCCAGCCCUUCCGGAGGGAUCCCGAGGCGUUCCCAGGCCAGCCGAGCAACAUAGUCCCUCCAGCGUGUCCUGGGUC